CCGAAGGGGGCUAGAGGGGAGAGGGGGAGCGAUGGUUCCACUGCCAGCCGGGUGAAAGCCUGAGGACUGAGAGGGGAAGAAGGACGGGCUGGACAAGAACAGCCAGAGGAGGGGUUCAGCGCACUCCCUCUCUUCCUCCCUCUUUCAUGCUUUGCCUGGGGAAGGCGCAACCGUGAGGCGAACCGACGGCCACAGCCAAAAGAUCUGCUGUUCAGAACAAGAUGAAUUGGUAUAGUAUUUUGACUGGAUUUCUGCAGCUGAAUUUUCUUCAAAUGGCAAUUUCUCAUUGCAUGGUAUAUCAGAUUCCUCCACAGAACUUUGAGUUACCUUGUGUGCCACGUGAGAAGAUUUCUAACUUCUCUUUACCUGCUGGAAUUGCAGAGAAUGGUCCUACCUUAAAGGAGGAGCAGGGUACAAAUAAAGUCAAUGCCACAACACUGGUAGCUGAAGAUUGUUUCCUCUGUUGCCACUGGAGUGAAAGAUAUGUUAAUUGUUUUAUGUAUACUGAAGAAAUGGAAGCCAGGACAUUUCCUGAUUCAGAAACUGAUGCUUUAUCAUCUCAGCCAAUAGAUUCAGUUUGGAAUGUACAGUUGUGGACUAAAGAAAACACACAGGAAUUAUUUUGCAUUGUGGAAUUAUCUACAAAAUUGCCAUACCUGAACGAAGACUUCUCAGUUAAUCUGUUGUAUGGAUUAACAGAUGUAUCACUGGAAGGGACCUCUGCAAGUUCACUAAAGGACAAUUCUACAAUCACUCAGUGCAGUGCUGUAAAAGACCAACAAUAUGCAUGUCAAAUACCUUCAACAAAACUCAACCAUAUUUAUAUUAUGUGGCUCGAGAUCACAAAUAGCACAGUACUGCUGCAGUCACCAUUAAUGUCAGUUAAGCCUAUAGAUAUCGUAAAACCUGAGCCUCCAUCCUGUCUGCAAGUAGAAAUUACAGACAUAGGACAGUUAAAGAUAUCUUGGUCUAGCCCAACCUCAAAAUUAUAUCCACUUCAGUAUGAAGUGAAAUAUUUUGCAAAUUCAACUAAAAAUAUCUUCCAGGUGGUUGAGAUUAUAAUGGAAACUUCACUGGUCAUAAGUGGUGCACUUCUCGAUUCCUCAUAUGAAAUUCAAGUGCGGUGCAAGAGACUUUAUGGACCAGGGCUGUGGAGUGACUGGAGCACAUCCUAUAGCAUGAAUCUCCAAGAUGUGAUGUAUUUCCCACCAAGGAUCCUGGCAAGUGUUGGAACGAAUGUUUCUUUUUAUUGUGCAUAUAAGACCAAAGACAGAAUAAUCCCAUCCAAGAAGAUAGCCUGGUGGUUAAAUUUAGCAAAGGAAAUUCCUAGAAGUCAGUAUACACUUGUGAAUAACUACAUCAGCAAGGUUACACUUGUCAACCUAAAAGCAAUGAAACCUGGAGGCAAAUUCCUUUUUAAUGCUUUAUACUGUUGUAAUGAAAACAAGGAAUGCAAUCACCGUUAUGCUGAAUUGUAUAUAAUAGAUGUUAAUAUCAGUAUCACAUGUGAAACGUAUGGCAACUUACAAAAAAUGACUUGUAGAUGGUCCACCAAUACUGACCCACUGCUUUCGGAGAGCAGCUUGUUAUUAAGAUAUUACAGGAGUGAUGUGUAUUGUUCAGAGACUCCUACCAUGCCAUCCUAUUCGGAGGUAAAAGAAUGCCAUUCUCAGAGGAAUAAUUUUUAUGAGUGCAUCUUUCAGCCUAUUUACCUUCUGUCUGGAUACACAAUGUGGAUAGAGAUUAAGCACUCAUUGGGGACAGUUACUUCAGAACCAGUGUGUAUUCUUCCAAAAGAAGUAGUGAAGCCAUUUUCUCCCUCCCGUGUCAAAGCAGAAAUCACAGGGGAAGUGGGUCUGCUGAAUGUGAGCUGGACUAAUCCAGAACUUCCAAAGAACGAUCUUCAGUUUCAGAUUCGAUACGCUAUCAAUGGAACAGAAAUUAGCUGGGAGGAAGUUUCUUCUCUCUUCGUUAGCUCAGCCAAUAUAGAAGUGCAAGAUCCUUGUGCAGUAUACAUUGUUCAGGUACGCUGCACUGUAAUUGAAGGAGUUGGCUCCUGGAGUGAUUGGAGCAGACCUGCCUAUACAGUUGUUAAGGAUAUCAAAGCUCCACUGAGAGGACCUGAAUUCUGGAGAGCUGUUAAUGAAGACCCAAUUAGGAAUGAGAAAAAUGUCACUCUGUUUUGGAAGCCACUGAUGAAGAAUCUUUCUUUAUGCAGUGUGCUAGACUAUAUGGUAGAGCAUUACAUUUCAAGAAACGUAACUUGGUCUGAAUAUGUUGAAAAUGACAGUACCUAUACAUUUUCAUGGACAGAGGAUCUCCAUAUUGUGAAAGUUGUUGCCAUCAACUCAGUUGGUGCUUCCUCUGUGAAUUCUGUUUUAACUCUAUCAAAGCAAAUGAGCACAGUAAACGUUGUGAAGUAUCUCAAUGUUUACCCAGUAAACAGCAGUUGUGUGAUCGUGUCUUGGGUCCUUUCACCUAUGACUUAUAGUGUUACGUCUUUCGUAAUUGAAUGGAUAAACUUAAGUGAAGAAGAACAAAUUAAGUGGAUAAUUAUUCAUUCAGAUGUUAGAAAAUGCCAUAUUUUUGAUAAUUUCAUUCCUGUAGACAAAUACCGAUUUAGUUUGUACCCAAUAAUUCAUGAAGGAGUGAUGAAGCCUGCAACAACUUAUGGAUUCUCCAAAGAUGGAACUGAAAAACAAAGUGAUGUGAACUUCUAUGUGAUUCUACCAUUACUUGUAUCAUGCUCUUUCUUGCUGCUUGGAGUUCUCCUGAUCCUGCACCAAAGGAUGAAGAAAUUAUUUUGGGAUGAUGUCCCGAACCCAAAGAAUUGUUCCUGGGCACAAGGAGUUAAUUUCCAAAAGCCUGCAACUUUUGAGCACCUCUUUCUCAAGCACCCUGAGGCAAUGUCAUUUGGUCCUCUGCUUCUGGAGCCAGAAAUAGUGCUGGAAGAUGUCACUAUUGAUAAAACAAUGAAAAAUGAAGACAAGCAAGACUUCCUGAAUGUCGACUCACUGUUUGCUACUAUUCAAGACCUUGAACAUGACUCAGCUUGCUCUAGUGGUCAUUUCAAUAGUGAGAGUCUCUCUGAGAGUGGUCAGGAUGUUGAAACCAAUGGAGGAGUGACAGGACAGUCUAAUAUAAAAUAUGCAACUAUUCUAAACAAUUCCGUGUCAGCUGGGCUUUAUGAACCACCGAAGGCUCUGAGCAGUUCUUUUGAUAGGAGAUUUUUUGACAAGGAUUCUCUAGUUUCAGCUUCUUUCUCUGGCAGUUCAUGGGCAGUGGGAAACCAAGCAUUUUUGAUAUUACCUGAAUGCUAUGAAGACGUUCUCAGAAAAACUCACACUCUCUCUGUUGUUUCAUCAGAGGGCUUUUCUGAACCUCCAGAACAGGAUAAAGUUUUCACUGAAGAAGGCAGUCCAGAGAGAAGCAUGUUCUACUUAGGGAUGGGUACACUCCGUAGAAGUGAAAAUGAUAUUUUUUUGGCAGAAAAUGCAAACGUAGCAUGUCCCUUCCACCCCAGUCCUCUAGUCAGAAGCAUAUUUCCUCCAGAUAUAACACCAAAUCUAAACUCCUUUGUCAGCAAGUGGGAAUCCCCUGUUAAGACCUUCAUACCAUACAUGCCACAGUUUCAGACAAUGACAAUUAAACUGCACGAGGCAGCCAGUAGUAAAGCCUAG